AUGGAGAUGAAUUACAGACCUAUCAAGCCUGCUCCCCCGUUGGAUGGGAGACAUCGAGUGGACAAAUCAUCUCGAUCAGCACAGAAAAGACCACCGGCAACCAAGACGGCUUGCUGGGCAUGUCGAAAGCGAAAAGCCAAGUGUGACGGACAGCGACCAGCAUGUGCAAACUGCAUCAAGUCAACCAGAGAAUGCGUCUACGACACCAAGAUGAGGGACUCAAACACAAGAGCGCUGCAGCUCGCCAACCAGGAGCUCCGGGAGCAGCUGGAUGCUUCAAACCUGCUUUUGAGACAGCUAGCGUCAGGCGCUCCAGAAGUCCGAGGUCCUAUUCUCGACUUUUUGGCUGGCAACAAGCAGCCCCAGGAGAUUAUUCGGGCGCUGAGGAUCGAUCAUAGCCUUGGGCUUCGACCCAAGUCGACAGAGCGGCGGCAAGGUACGUCACGCUUGCAGAUACCCAUGCCUUGCUUUUCAUCAUUUACCAAGAUUCUCACACCAACUUGCAAGACAAGAUCGUUUAUCGAUUGCUGGACUCACAAACUCCGGACUCGGCGAGUCUUUACACGAUGGGGAAUGCUACUGGAUGGGCCUUCCUCUCUCGAACCUGUGGCAUCUACCUUGACUCUUCCCGCGAACACCCUCACGAUUCAUUCGUAUUUACAAAGUCCAGCUCUAUUUCCCGAAGCAUCUAUAACCAAAAGAGAGGCUCUCUUGUUUUUCUUGCCAUUGUUCAAUCGCCUAGACUAUCUCCUAGGUGCUCCCCUCGAUAAUCACGACGCUAAACAGGACCCUGUCAAAAACAAAGAUCCGAUGAUUCAUUAUGCCUCUUCCAGAGAAGCUUAUUCAGUGGCAGCACCUUUUCAUCUUCUUGACUCUUAUAAUUCCUACCCAUCUUCCAUCUCUGACCAGCUAGCUGAUCUCGGCGAACCGAGACUACCCGUGCAAACCGGUCAAAGUCUAGCUGCCUUUCUCAGAAUCCAUUCCAACUAUGGAAAUUCAUUUGGAAAUCUUCCCCUCUCCAGCAGUAUCAGAGCGAACAACUACCCUCCGGACGUUCAAGAUGUUCAGCUCCGAAAUUUCACGGUGCCUAUAUGGGCUGUGACGACACUGAAUACGCUCCCUGACCCAGGUGGCCUCCGAGAAGCGUUUACCAGUGUAUACAACGAGGCCACGAGGCUACUCCAAGAAGGCUCCGACCUCGAAAGGGUGGUCAGGGCACAUCCCGAGAUAGCGGCAUUAUUCGACCAAGAGGAAUUUGACAAGUCUAGCUUUCUCUCGAGGUGGGCUGCGCAGAUGGUACAUAGCGUCAAGCUGAAAGGAUAUGACUUUACUUGUUUUGCGUCAAUGUGCAUCUUCUGGUACCUCAUGCGGUGGAUGAUCAGUCCAUCCCCUGAGACAUAUGCCGCCAUGCCGGAAUGGAUUAGACCAACGCCAAACCAACUUUUCAUACCUCAUAUUAAUAUGGUCGACUUCGCCAUCUGGCCAGCUUUUCGAGAGCUUGUGGUUCAGCUACCUUCUAUGCAAGAACACAUGGAGUGGCUGAUUGACUUGUCCAAUUCGAUCCAGUGCGAGUGGCCAUAUGAGCUCGAUCAAGCACUAUGCAAAGACGAAGUCACUGGAGGUAUUGAUCUUGUUGACUUGGCCAAGGUAUGA